CGAUGGUGGCUCACCAUUACUGUGUUACGGUUAACGUUAUUUGAUUACGGUAUGAAUGGGCGAGCAUACCGGUACCUGCAGCGUUUUUUUUAUUUUUUAUCCCGGACUCGGAGUAAAGAAACUGGUAGCAAGACAGCAUAAUCGUAUGAUGAAUCACUGGUUUCAGGAUGAAAUUUUGAAAGCAGUACCCCGUACCAGUACGGUACUAGCCUACAUUCAGAUAUUUUUUUAUUUUUCUCAUGCAAGAAAAAGCAGUUAGUAACCUGUAGAGAUAGAAUACCAUACAUCUGGUCUGUAAACAGAUUAAAUUUAGAUUUGACUUGUCCUUUAAAUUCGCUUAUUUUUGCUUAAUUCUGCAAUUAUCAUAACACUGAAUACAUCAAUAACAAUACCUAUACAUACAAUUCUGUGAUUUGUACUGGUAAUAACUGUGCUCAUUUCUUUGAAUCAUCUAUCACAUCGAUCAAUGCCCCAAUGUGUUGCUUACUGCUGUACUCGAUGGAAUUUAAAUUAUGAAUAUUAAUAAAAUGACGGAUUUACUGGAAUUAGUAUACAAGCACACAGAAGACUGAAAACAUGAAUGUAUUAAUCGCAGUUGAUUCGAGUGAACAUGCUGAAAAGGCUUAUGAUUGGUAUGUAAAAAGCCUCCAUAAGCCUGACAACACUGUGUUCCUUUUGCAUGUCAAGGAUGUACCCAAGUUGCCAACAUUCUCUUUUACAGAGGCUGGUGCAUUCCCGGCAGAGGAAAUAACCAAAAUCAUGACCAAGCAUAAUGAAGAUGUUAAUAAAUUAGAGAAUACCUAUACUGUAAAAUUGGGACAGAAGAAGAUCAAAAAUAAGAUUUUGCUUGAAUCUAGUGGUGGAAGUCCUGGCCAGUGUAUUGUUGACAAAGCUAAGGAGAAUAAAGUUGACUUGAUCAUUAUGGGCAGCAGAGGUCUCGGCACAGUCCGCAGGACGAUCCUUGGUUCUGUGAGCGACUAUGUUGUUCACCAUACUAAGAUCCCAAUUCUCAUUUGUCCUAAGUAGAGGAGAGUGUAUCAAUAUAAACAAUUAUGGCUAAAAAGCCUGGUUUCAAUUUUGAUAAUUAUUCAUUGUUUCACUCUUGUCUAGACUCUAUUAGAGGGUAGAUCCUUUUGCUAAGAUAUUUUGCAUAAUUCUUAGAUCAUUUCACAUCUAACAAAAUACAGUAGCCUACAUGUGAUAGUUUCAACUGACGCUCAUCGAUGUAGGUGUUGCUGUGCUUUAUGGACCAUGGUGCUUACAAAUAAUAACCCAAUAUGUCUGGUAUCAAUAAAAUAUUCAAAGUCAGAUUUCAAUACUGAAAAUUUUUCAUCACAUUUCGCAGCCAAAUAUUGAAUUUUAUUCUACAUGCAAUCACAUACUUUAUCAUUAUAUUGCUUUUUGAAUAUAUCAUGCAGCAGUCAGCAUCACUUCCCAGUAAUCUGGGUAGCAUGCAUUUUCUCAUUUUUCACUGCUUUUUAGUCAUUGAAAUUACGAAGAAAAUGGUGUUGGAGUUUUGUAAUUAAGACUUAACCUCAGCAUAUUAAGUUCCACAACAUGUUAUAUCAUAAUCAUGACAGCAGUUUAAAGAUUUUGUUUCUGUUACAUCUAUAUGGAAUAUAAUCUAGUAUUGACCAAUUGCAAUCCACAAAUAAGUUGUGGAAUUGUGUCACUGUUUAAUUUUAAGUUGAAAUUAUGUGUUAGUGUUUAGUAUUGUGAUAUUGUGUUAUUCUUCAACCAUGAGCAUAUUGUGAAUUGUUUGCAAAUUUAUAUUGAUUGUAAUAAUAAUUGUAAUUGCUUCAUUAA